AUGCUCGUGCACAGAGGGAAUUAUGCUCGAACCUACGCAUUCAAUCUUCCCGAAUCUUCGGACACUGUCUUUCGCAAAGCCGACUGGAUGCUCAAUCUCUAUGGCAGCAAAGGACCGAACGACUGCUUGCCUCUCUCGACUCGUUUGUCGUCCGCAGAGCAGACACGGCGGCAUUUGGGGCAACUUAUUUCAUCUAGCGUUGGAGACGCAAGCAACAAACGGAGACUGGAGACCGUCCGGACGGCGAAAACGCCGUACGAUGAUCAAUUCUUGAAGCGCAAAAAACCAUCCAUACCCGAGAAGUCCAGAGUGCAUGCCUCGUGCUUUGUUGCCCGAGCUCUCAGCGACCAUCACUGGAUAGAGGAGUGGGCAAACAUUACAGAACGAGGCGUCAACUUUUACCACCCGGAACGGAAAAAGGCAAACCACCGUGUCGGCAUCCAGAGCAUCACCAAAGUCAACAAACUGGAUUCGAACUUGUCUCCAAAGUUUCCCAACUACUCGUUCUUGUCGCUUGAAACAUUGGGCAGAACAACGUACCUGAUGUUUGCGUCGGAAACUGACCGAGACGACUGGGUGAGAGUCAUUUCAAGGCUUGCCAAGCUAGCACCCAGCGCCGUGGACUCGAUGGAGACGGAAUCUGAGGGUCAUGCUUCCACUGCUCUACUCGAGUUGCAAAACCCCAAAGACGAAUUCCUCCACAAGAGCUCCCUGUGGGACUUUAAACACCGUCGCGUGCUCAACUGCAGACGAUUCUCGUUUCGUGCACGAGAGAAGGCGUCUCGACAGGAUCCCUUGUCGCUGGCCGAAGAUGCCCUUCAUAAAGCCCUGGAUCCCAGAAACGAGUCCGAUGAUGACAUUCUGGUUUCCUUCUUGGACAGCGCAGCAAAGUUGAAAGAAGCCAAUGUCCACGGGCUUGGGGAAGAGGAGCGCCUUGCGUUCUUCUUGAAUGUCUAUCACACAAUGGUGAUGCAUGCGUACCUGGUGCUGGGUACACCGGCAUCCAGUUUUCAAUGGAUUUCAUACUUCAACAGCAUUUCCUACCAAUGCUCGGAUGAUAUCUUCUCCCUCGCCGAAUUAGAGCACUGUAUCUUGCGGUCGCCCAUGUCCUACCCCACCCAGUUCCUAUCGAGGUUUGCUAUUCCCAAGUCUUCCUACUCAUUUGCACUCACCAGGAGUGACUAUCGGAUCAACUUUGGCCUCAAUUGCGGAUCCAUGAGCAACCCGAAAUGUGUUCCAGUUUUCAAGGUGUCAUCCCUCAAUCAACAGUUGAAUGAUGUGUCACGUCUCUAUCUUGCCGCUGCUGUGAAGGUCAAGAAGCGAAGCAAUCGAGAUGUUGAAGUGUUGUUGCCGCGAAUAUGCUUGUGGUUUGCAGAUGAUUUUGGAUCCAGCAACACUGACGUCUUGAGGAGGGUAACUCCGUUCUUGACCACGGACGUGCAGGACUUUCUCAAGUCGAUUGAAUCAGGCAAAAGGGGGAAGUGUCACGUCUCUGUCAAGUAUCUCAAUUACAGUUUUGAAUGCCGAAAGUUGACGUUGACGCCUGAAACUGGCAACAGAUCGUGA